GCGGAAAGAUAGGGGAGAAGGGAGCACCUUUUCUCCAAGAACUCUUCUUCCUCUUUAAUUUGGUUGCAAUUCUAGCCAGUGCCGAAGCCUGCUUCAGUGGAAAGAACACUAUGCGAGAUCUUAUUUGGAGAUUGUUCCAUCACCAGUCCAAGUUUUGGAAUUUCAUGGGGAGUCUAUCAGCUAUAACCGGCCUGGUUUGUUUUGCCCUGAGCUCCACCUUCAAAAAGUUAUUUGGAGAAUGGGAUUUUCUCCAUUUCCUCAUUUAUCUAUCCGUCAGCUCAGUUAUCUUGCUCAUCGCCUUGCUUGCAAGGAGAAUUCGAGUUUCAGGGAAUUUCCUGCUAAAAGGUCACAUGGUAUUUUUCAAUUUUGGUCUCACCUGUUUGUACUCUGUUGUUCGUGACAAAACUGUGAGUGGAAAACCAGAUGCUUUGAGCACAAUCUCGUACGGUUCAUUUGCUUUGAUGUCGUUGUCCAUGUCCAGGAAAUUUGAGCUCGGAUUCGAAACAGGGCUCUUUAGUUUUUUCCUGGCAUGCUUUUCCGUACAACUUAUUGAGAUCAGCGGGAUUCUCUCCGUGAUUGCAGUAGGAUUUAGCUAUGUGCUCAUCAAUUUUCGCAGCUAUUCAGAUUCCCAAGUAGAGAUUGGUUCCACUGGUCCACAUGACUUUCAUUGCUUUCAAGUUGAUCCUGCAAAUGAGUGCAACAAUGCAGAGGUCUUUCUUUGUUUUGUUUGGGAGCAACAUUCCACAAGGAUUGGAGAAGUUUCAAGGGAAAGCCUAUCUGGGGAUAGUCAGCAAAGCAGUGAAGAACAUGAUACUUGUUCUGUUUUGUCUCAUCAAGCUGAAGUCUCAAAUCAAGAUGAUGUUUCUUCAGGAAAGAACCUGGUAACAAACGAAAAUGGCUGGAUUAAUCUCGGUUCUCCUAUGUCCCAAUUAAUUUCAGGAACCCCACCAUCGGAAUUUUCAAGAGAUAUUGCUGGUGAUGCCAUACAAUUGAACCCGUGGCAAUUACAAGUUUGUGAUGGUGUGCAUUCGAUGAAGCCGCGACUCAUGUAUGACCCGUUGAGACGCGUAUGGCUGCGCCUGGAAGAAGCGGCACUGGUGUUUCGUAUGGUGGAAGAAGCAGACUUGGAAGUGACAAAGAGGCCAGAAAUGAGAGUUUUAGUGAAGCCUGCAGCCAAGGAUUCAGGGGAUGACUCCAGUACUUCAUCUCCAACAUCGGUGCUUCCUCAACUCAGGACAGAUGCUGAUGAGGCGGAACAAGAAGAAGAAGACGAGGAGGAGGAGAAGGAGCCUCUGAAAUUCAAUCAGGUUCUGUGGGUGUGCCAAGUCGUUGAUGACAGCCGGAGGUUAGAUUCAAGGAAGGAUUGCCUCUGAUCUUGAAAGCUCUGUAGUUUGUGGACCAUUCGUUUCGAUUGGUGUCAAGAAUGGGAUUGUUUUCAUGAACAGGUCGAAAAAUGAAAUUUGGAAGGAUGGCUGCAAUGGCGAGGGAGAUUCAGGAAUAAGGUGAACGUAUUGUCCGGCAUAGCCAUCUAUAUGCAGGAUUCUUCUAGUGAAGAGUCUUUGAGAUGAAGAAAAGGGUACGUGAGAUUCUACUCCUGAGGGUUUCUUGCAUAUUAUCUCACUCGGUCUCAGAAAUUUGGGUUCAGCUUGAUUCCUUCAUUUCUUGGUAUGUUGCUAAAAAACAAAAAAAGGGGGGGAGGGGAGUUGAUUUCUUGUCGAAGGGCUGGUGGUAAAGUAGUUCCUGGCGCACCCAAUGAGAUUCUCUUAAGUUAUAGAUGGCAACACUAGUUUGAAUAUGUUGCGACGAGCAUGAAAGUUUUAAUGUGGUUGUUGGUGCUACUACUUUAUUUUGACCAAGAUUGAUGGUGCUGCCAGAGAUGGCUGUGUGGUCGUGUGGUUGAUGAACCUGGAAUCCCUGUGAAAUUUAUGUGUUUGGAGGAAUGAAGAGCUGAUGGUAAACUCAAUGAAUUGGGCAUCUAAGUUAGAACGAUUGCUCUCUGUUCAUGGUCCUUAUUGUUGAGCGAGCAAUGGUGCUUUCUUGCUGAGCCAAUGCAUAGAGAGCACCCAAAACACCGGAAGAAAAUAUUCGAAGUACAUUCAGGAAAGACAUAAAGGGAUUUGAUGUUCAAAAUACAGUUUUGGAAGGUAGUAGAUUCUUUUACACAGACGAAGCAAAAUCAUUGAACAACGCAUAUGGUGGAUCCCUCCUUUGAUUUGGUAGCUGUGGGAUUGAUUUCAAGAGGAACAGAGAGAAGGCAUUGUGGCAUCCGAAUUUAGCAAAGAAAGUGUUGAUUGGUUGAAAGUUGGCAAAGUUUUUCCUUAUCCUAUUCAAAGUUUGAAAGGAGAAAGAGUCAAAUGAUCAAAAGCAUAUAAUCACUGAUGAUUGCACUAAGUUCAAGGAAGUGAAGUGAUGAUCAAGAUGUUUCCCUCAGGUGGGGGAAGUGGAACCAUACGGUAACAAGAGACGAAGUUUUGAAGAGAAGAAACCCAUUCAAUCCCAAAAUCUUAGCUUCUUCCCAUAUCAUCUCGUGGUUGCGGCGGUUCUGCCAUAGUGUGGGUCGGGGGAUCUGAUUGAGGCAGUUUGCUGUUUCUGAUACCUGGAAAAGAACAGAAUGGGAGAUCUUAUAAAUCCGUCCACGAUUUGGAAACUUGUGGGAUCUGUGUCAGCCAUAAUUGGCGUGCUUUGCUUUGGUUUCAGCUCUACCUUCACAGACUUGUUUGGGGAGUGGGAUUAUCGCCGUUUCCUUGUUUAUAUAUUUGAUCAGUUUAUCUGUCCUCUGCUUCACUUUGCUGGCCAAGGGAAUUCGAGUUUCAGAGAAUGUGCGAAGUCAUGUGAUGACUGGCAGUUUUGUUCUGACCACCUUGUUCUCCUUUUGGCAUGACAAACGUGUAAAAGAAAAAUCAGAUGCAUUGAGCAUUAUCUCGUAUGGUUUAUUUACUUUAUCGUCGCUGUCCAUGUCAAGGAAGUUUGAGCUUGGAUUCGAAACAGGAUUCUUUGGUUUUUCCCUCUCAAUGUUUAUCCAACAGCUUGCCAAGAUCAAGUUAAUCUUCGCACUAAUUGCAUUCUUCUUCAGCUACGUCCUCAUUGUUUUUCGCCAAAGAGUACUGCAGGUUGGUUCUGACGGUCCAAAUGACUAUUAGAUCAUAGAGUUUGGUUCUUCAAAGGAAGCUGAAAUGGAAAUUGAUGAUGAAGACAUCAACGAGGAGGUCUUAAUUGAGGCCCAGGAUCCCGCACGGGUGGGAGAAGUUCCUGCGAACAAUCAGCAAAAUAACGAAGAGGAAACUCUUUUGUCUGCUCAAGCUACGCAUCAUUCCCCAAGCAUUGAGGAAAGCAUAGUUACGUCAGAUUGGGACAAUCAGCGAACAAAUGAAGAAGAGGAAACUCCAUCGUCUGUUCAAUCUACCCAGAGUAAGCAUAUCAGAGCGGGACCUUUGGCAAAGUAAUGAAGAAGAGGGAAGUGUUGGUCCGAUGAUGCUGAAUGGUGGAAUCAAGAUGAGGUAUCAUCAGGAAACAACGCGGUCGCAAUGGAAAACGGUUGGAUGCAGAGUGAUGCAGCGCAAGGCCUAAGGAGGAGGAGGCCGGGAGGAUGGCGCGUGGGAUUGGAAACAGAAGAGCCAGUAGCGUUGGAGAUACUCUUUGGGGCUGGCGCGUGCGCGUGCAGUGGGGCCCCCCAUCCC